UGAUCUCUUCAAAAUUAUUUUCCUGUAACAGUUUCUUGGAUGAGAGCUGCCCAGCUGCAGUAGGAAAGGUCCCGUGAGCUGCACCAGCAAGCCACUGCUGAAGGAGCUGCCCCCGUCCUGGGUGGGCAGGUUGGUGCUGGGUAAAGAUCAGAGCUCCUGGGGGGAGGCAUUAGGUGGACGCUGUUCGUUUCUGUUGCCCUGUUUUGCAGCUAUGCUUGUGCCAUGCUGUUGAGCCGCUUCCUGACAGCUUGCGGUUUGGAAGCGUGCUCCUGCCCUGCUGAGGCUGUGAAACGCAGCGCACUUCUUGUCCCUUGAAUGCCCUUCCAGCCCGGAGUGAGCUCUUUUCCUUUGCUGUUGCUUCUGGACUCUACCAUGACAGACACGGGAGAUAGGUUCCCCUUCUUUCCACAAGCAGGCGGUGAUUGCCACCUAAGCCUGGUGGUUCAGGGCUUUGAGAAGAUGAUCAAAUACAGCUGUCCUCCCUGGCCAUGGGCAGCACUGGAAGAUGCCUGGGGCCAGCUGCCAUUGCCAUGCUGGUGCACUGGCUCAGCCUCCCCUUGCUUGAGAUGAAAAAGGAGCUGCCUUAUCCCAGGCUUCCUCAGCACACAUCUGGAAAGAAAAGAUGCCUUCCCCAGGAAUCCCCAUGGCUCAGGGACAUGCCAGCCCUGCGUGCCCAGGAGACCUUGGGCCAGGCUGUUGGUGAACAGGGCAGUGGAGUGCAGGAAACCAGCUAAAAAGCGCAGUGAGCCACAGGACUGGGUGACUGGUUUUGUGCAAUAGGGGAAAAUGCCAUGAGGAAAUGAGACUACUUCAGACUUCCCUCAGUCAAAUAUCUGGGUCAAUGUGGAAAUCUGUCCUCUGCACUGAUAGUGCAAGCAAACACCUCGACCCCUGUUGGCUUUCUCAAGGCUUUCUCAUGCUGGCUGCCUUCAACCUCAGCAGAGUAACUGGCUGUGGAAGUGUCUGGAGCACCACAGCAUCCCUGGCGAAGUUGUUGUGCCCUUGGAGAGGGGUUCCUGCCAGGCAGGUGGGAACUAGUGAGGCACAGGGGCUUGGGGCUGUUUCUUUGCAAACUGUUUUCUCUGAAGGAAAAGGAGGGGAAGCUUGAGACCCCACGCAGCAGUGUGUAGGAAAAGUGGUGAGGAUGGAGCGGAGAGCCCCAGUCUGCACCCUGGCUCCUCUUGUGCAAGGAGGAACGGGAGGAGGAGUCAGAGCUGAACGUCCUCUGCGCAUUAGGCCGUGACUUAAUUCAGGAAAAUAUGAGCAUCUGGGAUUUCCUGAGAGGCGGGGGAUUGUCUGUGCUCUUGGCUAUUGAAGCGAAAGCGUGUGGUCUGUGACUUUCUGGCAAACUCAUCUGGGUUUUGUUGAAAGGAGGGCCCUGGCUGCUUACGGGGCAGGGGGGAAAUGCUGCCCCUUUCGGCCCUACAUGCUGCCUCUGGGCGCUGCCGGCUGGAGCCUUUCGUGGCGAGCAGGAACUGGCAGCACCCAGCACUGCACGGGAUCCGGCCGCAGGGCUUGACGUCAGGAGCAUUUGAGAGAGGAAAAAAAAAAAGUCACGCUUAGUUUUGAUGACUCUGCUUUUCAGAAGAACUUGAAAAAAAGAAAGCAAAAACCCCUAACCCCCAAAAUACCCAGAGGCAGAAGGGAUGGUGGAAAUGGAAGGGCAGGAGGAUGCACGCCACUGGCAUCGAUGGUGCCGCUGGCAUCGAUGGUGCUGCUGCAGCAGCGGGGUGCCCACCACAGCCAGCGGCCAAGCCCUCCGUGUGACGCAGGGAGCGUAUCUGAAGUGUGCAAUCAGAUGUAGUAGAAGGAAAUGUGGCAAUGCAUCAACAACUCUUCUCCUGACAGCAGUGAUUCAUGUUUUCACCUGAAAAAAGUACUCCUCAAGCUGGAUUUCCACCAACAAUUUUAAUGGGACUAUCCCACCAUGAAGGUUCUUGGAAACUAAGUGACUUGUGGAAAAAUUCUCCAGUGACCUGGCAGUAGUCAAAUGUAGCCCACGAUUCUGCCCCGUCCCCACGGACCUGACUUCGCUCUGCACCGCGCUGCGCAGCGAAGGAUGGCUGUGCCGAAGCUGUGACCCCAGCCCAGCCCUGCAGCGGCCGAUGGACGGGAAAACCUCUCCGACCACGGCAUCGCCCAGCAGUGUCCCUCCCAGCCUCCAUGCCUCUACAGUCAGCAGCAUCUUCAGUGGCCGACCUCCACAGCCUCGAGAAAGUGUCCUCGGCAUUAGCUUCAAGCCCUACAGCCCAGAGUCCAGCCCAGCCCCGGCUCCCUGCACGACCUGUGAGAGCACACGAUCCUCCAUGUUCAGAGCUCCCUGCAUGAGCCAGCGACGGCUUGCACUCAUCUUCUGCAUCUCUGUCCUCAUCGUGCUGCUCAUCGCCCUCAUCCUGCUGUUUAUGUUCUGGCGGUCGCAGACCGGCAUUGUGUACAAGGAGCCUGCCGAAAGCUGCAAGGACAGCCCUGUGCGCUGCGACGGCAUCAUCGACUGCUCCCAGCGGAGCGACGAGCUGGGUUGCGUGCGCUUUGCAUUCGACGAGUCUUUGCUCCACAUCUACUCCAGCGCUGAGAGCCAGUGGCUGCCAGUGUGCAGCAGCGCCUGGGAUGACUCCUUCUCCAGAAAGACCUGCCGGCAGCUGGGAUUUCAGAAUGCAUCACAGACUGAAUACAUCCCCCUGCGCAUCUCCGGCAAGAGCCUCACCGUGACUGAUGAGAGAGAGACCAUCCAGCAGAGCCUCAACAGCUCACAAUGUCUCACGGGAAAGUACGUCUCCCUCCGAUGCACAACCUGCGGGCAGAGGAUUUCUGGCCGGAUCAUUGGAGGAAAGGAAACCUCCGUGAGCAAAUGGCCCUGGCAAGUCAGCGUGCAGUACGGGCCUAUCCACAUCUGCGGCGGCACCAUCAUCGACGCGCAGUGGGUCCUCACAGCAGCCCACUGCUUCUUCAUGAACAGCAUGAAGAUCCUUGACGACUGGAAGGUGUAUGGUGGGGUCUCGGACCUGAAGCAGCGUGCAGAGGGCAUCCCUGUCUCCCAGGUCAUCAUCAACUCCAACUACAGCGAUGAUCAUGAUGACUAUGAUAUUGCGCUCAUGAAGCUCUCCAGGCCGCUGACGCUCUCAGCUCAGGUUCGCCCAGCCUGCCUCCCCAUGUAUGGCCAGCGAUUCCAGACCGGCAGGUCCUGCUUCAUCACUGGCUUUGGGAAGACCAGGGAGAACGAAGAUAACACGUCCCCGAAGCUGCGGGAGGCCGAGGUGAAGCUGAUUGACUACAAGAUCUGUAACAGCGACAAGGUGUACGAGGGCUACCUGACCCCACGGAUGAUGUGUGCCGGGUACCUGCAGGGAGGGAAAGAUGCGUGCCAGGGUGACAGCGGAGGGCCCCUGGUUUGUGAGGACAAUGGCCGCUGGUAUGUGGCUGGGGUGACGAGCUGGGGGACAGGAUGUGGCCAGAAGAACAAGCCUGGUGUUUACACUCGUGUGACAAAGCUCCUCAGCUGGAUAUACAGCAAAAUGGAGAGCGAGAACGACUAAGACUGGGAUGGACGCUUGCCUGGGCUGUGCCUCUCCAGCCGGCGCGGGCCCCUGCCCUUGGUUGCUGCCAGGGCACGAUGCUUCCAGCACAUCCCCCCACCUAUCCCUGGACUGUCCGCACAGCCAGGGACCCAUUGCUGCCCCCAGCCUCUGAAAAUACGGCGCCUGCAAAGUGACUCUGCCCUUGCCCAGUGCAAGGGAGGUGGUCCGGCAGCAGCUGGGCAGAGCACCCGGCCAGCCCCAGCCUGGCAGCGCGCAGGGGGCAGCAGCCUGUGCCGGUGGCUGGCCGUGCCGGCUGGGGGGCACUUCCUCGCCCUGUGACCGUGGUUCUUAUCAUGUAAAUAGACGUGUCCGGAUGGGGGGUGUCGCAAGUGCUUCCUGGCAGGACUGCGGCACACUCGGUGGGCAAGGGGCUUCUAGCACUGCCCAUAGAUCCAGUGGAGGUGGCGGAUGGAAGGGAGAAGCAGAAAAGCUGUGGGGUGCCCAUGGCGAGGGAGCACUCUCCUUUGCACGCUGCUGCCAGGUUGCAGCUAUGCUGCCUUGGGGUGUGGGAUGGGGCUCAGCCAGCAUGGUGCAGCUCUGUGCCACGCCGCCCUGACCUGCGAGGCCACGCUCCCUGCUUUGUCCCGGGAGGGCUGAGCCCCAGGGCGCAGCUACACCACCAUCUGGGAGGAGCAGUAGUUGCUCUUGCAUUUGCAGAUAGGAUUAGGAAGUGCCUUUUAAAUGAUGUUUCUCCCCAUGACAGAAAUACCCGUUUGUUUAUUUUUCCAUGCUGUGGAUAUGGUCUGAGCAAGCACUCGCUCCCAGGACUGCGUGCAGCUGGUCUUCGUCCCCCCUACCUGCUCUGAUGAGGAUUUCGGCAGUGGCGUGGGGCAGGUCUGCACUCCGGGGGUGGCUGCGGGAGGUGUGACAGAAGUCAGCAGCAGCCAAAGGCCAAGGCAGAGCGUGAUGCAGGCCAGCCACCCCUCCCAGGCAGUGUGAGCCAGCCCCCGGAUCUCACAGCUGUUUGUUCAGUGGAUUGCUUCCUCCUCCCUCCGGCUGCUGAGCACGCAGGGAUUGCGUAGCCAGCCUUACCUCCCUGGCCACGCCAGAGCGGGGACACAUUUCCCCCCAAGGAAACAAGUGCCCACAUCUCCCUGCGGAUGCUUGGAGGCAUACAAGGUGCUACAGGAGAUCCCCAGGUUGGCAGUGCGAGCUCCUGUGGGGUGAGCAGAGGCUGGCUGCCCCUUGCCAAGGCUGCACUCCUUCCCCAGGCACGUGGUCAGCUGCAGAGGGGUCCUGGGGAGCCUGGCCACCCCACACUCUUCUCAAUAAAUGUUUUGGUAGUGCUCCA